GCGGUCACGUGUGUACACAGGGCCCGGGCGGCGUGCGCACCGUGAGCCCUUGCAGCCUCCUCCAGCCCUAGCUGCCCGUUCGGGGCGACUGCGCGCGGGCCUCCGCCCAGCGAGCCGGGUUGUGGAGUCCCGCCGGCCGCCAUGUGGGGCUGCAGCUGGCUCAAUGGCACAGGACUGGUGGAGGAGCUGCCUGCUUGCCAGGACCUGCAGCUGGUGCUGCUGGUGCUGUCACUGCUGGGCUUGCUAGUGGGCGUGCCGGUGGGCCUGUGCUACAACGCUCUGCUGGUGCUGGCCAACCUUCACAGCAAGGCCAGCAUGACCAUGCCGGAUGUGUAUUUCGUCAACAUGGCGGUGGCGGGGCUGGUGCUCAGCGCCCUCGCCCCCGUGCACCUGCUGAGCCCCCUGAGCUCCCGGCAAGUGUGCCGGGACUCCCAGUGGCCACUGUGGAGUGUGGGCAGUGAGGUCCAUGUGGCACUCCAGAUCCCCUUCAAUGUGUCCUCGCUAGUGGCCAUGUACUCCACUGCCCUGCUGAGUCUCGACCACUACAUCGAGCGUGCGCUGCCGCGGACCUACAUGGCCAGUGUGUACAACACGAGGCACGUGUGCGGCUUUGUGUGGGGCGGAGCGCUGCUGACCAGCUUCUCUUCGCUGCUCUUCUACAUCUGCAGGCACAUAUCUGCCCGUGCACUGGAGUGCACCAAGAUGCAGAACGCUGAGGCUGCUGACGCCAUGCUGGUGUUCAUCGGCUAUGCGGUACCGGCACUGGCUGCCCUCUACGCGCUGGUGCUGCUCUCCCGCGUCCACAGGGAAGACACACCCCUGGACCGGGACGAGGGCCGGCUGGAGCCCUCAGCACACAGGCUGCUGGUGGCCACCGUGUGCAUGCAGUUUGGGCUCUGGACACCACACUACCUGACCCUGCUGGGGUGCACGGUCUUUGUCUCGCGAGGGAAGCCUGUGGAUGCCCACUACCUGGGGCUGGUGGACUUUGCAAAGGAUGUGUCCAAACUCCUGGCCUUCUGCAGCAGCUUUGUGACGCCGCUUCUCUACCGCUACAUGAACCAGAGCUUCCCUGGCAAGCUCCGGCGGCUGAUGAAAAAGCUGCCUUGGGGGAACCGGCACUGCUCCCCGGACCAUGUGGGGGUGCAGCAGGUGCUGGCCUAGGUGGCCCAGCCCUCCCACGCAGGAAUGCAGCAGGCGGUGACAUAGGCCCAGCCCUCUCACGUGGGGUGCAACAGGUGAUGAUGUAGGCAGCCCGGCCCUCCCAUGCGGGGGUGCAGCAGGUGCUAGUGCAGGUGGCCCAGCCCUCCCACGUGGGAAUGCAGCAGAUGCUGAUGUAGGCCUAGCCUUCCCGGGAGGAGGUGGCUCUGGUGGACACAGAGCACUUUGCUACCCUGGACGGCCCCUGCGUCCUUCCCAGAAGAUGAGCUGCUACAACAGAAAUAUGAAAGGUGUUUCUCUUGCACUUUUAUUUUUCCCACAAAGGCCACUCUUGGGCCAAGGCCGUGCUGUCCCCAGUGGCUGGCGCCUGGCGUGAGUCUCCCCGAGGCCUGUGCGUCUCCUGAACACAUGGCGCAGGGUCCACAUCUGCAAAAGCCUCCUCGCUCUCAGCCCCCACAGAAUUCAGUUUGUCAAUGAAGUGAUGAAAGCCUAGAGCCAGUAUUUAUACUUUGCGGUCAAAACACUUGGUUGCCCCUCAUUUGUUUUAUAAAAAGAGAUGUUUUCUAGAAAAAUGACAAGUAUGAAAAUGAAGGAAACCCCAUGAAAGAAUGCCAGCAGACCAGGGUGACUUGCCCCUACCAGUGGGCGGCAUGGUGCUGGCUGGGCCUGCCAGGUGUGCCGCGGUUACCACAGGAUUCUGAGAAUAUUUCACAGAAGUGCCUGAGACGUGCGAGACGCGGCUGGUGUUAAACAAAGCCACCCAGUAGCAGUGACGUGCUCUCCCCAGCCACCACGUGUCCCUGACACCCUCUCCAGACCCCACAGAUAACAUCAGCUAAGGUUUUCUCAGUAUGAAUCUGUCCUUCCAAAUCAACUUCCCAAAGUGUGCACAAAACUAAAGAAAAUGAAAGAAAGGUGUGUUAGGGUUUCUGGCUGAAUACCAGAGCUGACGGGUCCCCCCACUGCAGGGGACAGAGGGCCGGAGGCUGUGUGGCAUGGGGUCUGGCGGGAGGGACAGGGAAGAACCUGAGGCCAGCUCCCAAAGCACCUGGGAGCAGCAUCUGCAUCUCUGCGGCCCUUGCAGCCUCAGCUAGGGCCCAGACCGGCCUGUUUCGCUUGGGUGCAUGGGUCCGUAGUCAGGGGUCAUCGUCCCUCAUCAACCUCACUCGAGACCUUCCACCCACUGGUGUUCUGUAAAUCAUCUAACUUUAAAAUGUGGCCAUGAGAAAAGACCCCAUUCCUCCACACCAUCUGUUCGCCUCUACACGAUUUUCUAGGAUUAAAUUACUGGCCCACAAUCCCCUAUCCCCAAUUCUAAAACCCAGAAAGCUCUGAAAACAGCAAGAUAUUCCCCAAAGUCUGCAGCAAAUUCACGCGGCAGCGAUCCCUGACCGGAAGAGAUGUGAGGGCUGCAUGUCCACGUGGACCCCACCCUUCUGGAGAAAGGUCGGCGUGGCUGUGGGGGGCUGCCCCAUGCUCCGGUGCUCUGUGGACACCCCCGGCACACUUCCUCCCCACAGCCUGAGCCCGCUGGAAUUCUGAGUACGCCCGGCACCAGGGACAGUGGGCCGGGAGGUGCAGCUUGCCGCCAUCGACGUGGGGACAUCACGCUCUGGUCCCAGUCUCCUGGGACUUCAGCCGUGAGGUCAUUGGCAUUAUAUAUCGUGUGCUGCGAGUGGGUCAGAGUCGGCCUGGUGAGGACGUGUGGCUGCAGGCGACUCCUGCUGGGACUGAGACUCGCAGGACAGACUCCUAAGCUGCAGGAUCAGAAAAGAGUUUUCUGAGCUGCUUUCAUCAGUGUUUUCUUUCAGAUGUGUCAGGAUCACAUGUGGAUCUUUAAAGCUGCAGGCCUGACCUCCUUUCCACUCCCUCUGGAGCCGGAGCGGGUGGAAGGGCCUCAUCUCUGAUGGUCCCGGGCUUCCCAUCUCCAUGCCUGCAUGGAAACCCUGGCAUCCAAUGAGGAAACGGUCACACCACCCCGCAGAACCCUGCUCAGUGGCUGGCGCCGAGUCACCCCAACCCUCCUCCCUGUGCAGCCCGGCUCUGCAGGGUGGGGUGUCUGUGUGUGAACCAGGAGACCCCCUUCCUGUUGGAUAUGCUCCAGCCCUCUUGGCUCCAGGCUGAGCUCCUGGGAGAGGGGCAGACCCCACAGCACAGGUGAGGGUGGUGCCAGGCUGCAUCUGCUGGGGAAUUACCCCAUCCAACCAGUCCUCCCCAAAGGCGGAAGGGCCCUAAAAUCACUUUAUUGCAAUUUAUCGGUAGCUCUGGGUGCAAAAUGGCUCAUUUCUGUGGGUCUGUUGGGGAGCCUGGCCUGCACUCAAUACCCCUGUUGGGUGGUCAAGUGGAGAGGCCCCGGGGACACCCCACAGCCUGGUCAGCUUUUCCUGGUGGGCCACACGCAGGGCAGGCACAUGACUCCAGUGCAGACCCCCACCUGCUACCUGAGACCCUUUGCUACACAUCAUGGCCUCCCCUUACCCCUACCCAGCCAGUCCCCUCCUCAUCCCCAGACCCCGCCAGCCUCUGCUGCCUGAGACCCUCCACUGUGCACUGAGGCCUCCACCCGCAUCCCCAGACCCUGCCAGCCUCUGUGGCUGCUUCCCAGGAUCUGUGUUGCUGAUGUUUCCUGAGACAUCUGCUUGCCUAUAUUCUGUGCUGUCUUCGUCUGGGAAGAUUCAGUGCCUCCUGUGCCUCCUGCCUACUGAGUGAUUCCCAGGGCCUUCACCUCAUCACACACAGGACACAAGAACUUAAGCCACCUGGGGGAGAAAAAGGUGUUACUUGUAAAAAGCCACGUAGCUGUCUGCCCAACUCCCUAAUUCUUCCCACAUCUGUGAGACACCAGGACGCGAGUUUUUCAGUGUUUGACGUCCCAGAAUCAGUAAUGUUGCUACCAACACUUCUUGACUACUAUAGUUAACAUAAUUCAUCUUAUUUUUGUUUAUCCACAAAAAAGCCCUGCUGUGCUUCAUUACGUAAGAUUUCAGGAAAGGAGUUUAGUCAUGAAUUCACUUCGUUGAAGGUGUGAGAGUUGUUGCAGGAGGCUGGAUCUAUUGUAAGUUGUGGCAGAGAGAUUAGGAAAUCUACACACAUCUUUUAUACACAGCACACGACAGAAGGAAACCAGCAAUAGACUGAGGGUUAUGCUGCAUGUUGAGGCCUCGACCCCAGGGAGAUGUGGGCACCCUCUGACCGCUCAGCAGCUCAGUCCUUCCCCAUGGCCGCACCUGUUUGCCUGAAGAUCCGUGAAUAUGAAAAGGAAGAAACUGUAGAAGACUAUUAAAUUAUUUGAUACUUACUAGUCAAUUUCAAAA